AUGAAGUUCUCCACCGCCGCUGUGCUUGCGACGGCGCUUCCGGCCGUCAGCGCCCGCUUUGCCGAGCCCGACGAUGUCAGCCAUGUCAUGCUCUACCCCGAAGCCGCGGAGUCGGAGACGUAUUUGAUUGAGCUGAGCCCAGGUGAGACUCGCAGGGUAACCGAGGAAGAGAAGUGGGAGCUGCGCCGAAACGGACAACGCUUCAUGGACAUCUCGUACACCGAAGACCUCGGCGCUCAUAACCUGCAGGCCCGCUCCACCGUCAAAUUCCCCAAGAAGUGCAAGCAGCAGGACGCCCUCACUAGCUUCCACACCCGUUACUACAAGUCCGAUUACGGCCGACAGUCUUCGGAGUGGCUCUUCUCCCGCAUCAGCGACAUCAUUGCCGAGGCCGGCGCCGACAAGUCCGUGUCCGCGCGCAUGUUCAAGCACUCGUGGCCCCAGAGCUCCACCAUCGUCACCAUUCCCGGCCAGACCAACAGCACCGUUGUUAUUGGCGCCCACCAGGAUAGCUUGAACCUCUGGCUCCCCAGCGUUCUCGCGGCUCCCGGCGCCGACGAUGAUGGUAGCGGUACCGUCACCAUCCUCGAGGUCCUGAGGAACCUCCUCAAGGACGAGAACGUUGUCGCCGGAAAGGCGCAAAACACGAUUGAGUUCCACUGGUACAGCGCCGAAGAGGGUGGUCUCUUGGGCAGCCAGGCCAUCUUUUCCGAGUACGAGAGGCAGGGCCGGGACGUCAAGGCCAUGCUUCAACAGGACAUGACGGGCUACACGAAAAAGACGAUUGAUGCCGGCGAGCCCGAAAGCGUGGGGGUGAUUACCGAUUAUGUCCACCCUGGCCUCACCACCUUUAUCAAGACAGUCAUUGAUGAGUACUGCAACAUUUCCUACGUCGAGACUAAGUGCGGCUAUGCCUGCUCGGAUCACGCCUCGGCUUCCAAGGCCGGGUAUCCCUCUGCGUUUGUGAUUGAGUCUUCGUUCGACCUCUCCAGCCCCCACAUCCACUCGACGGCCGAUACCAUCGACACCCUCUCGUUUGACCACAUGCUUCAGCACGCUCGCAUGACCCUCGGUCUCGUUUACGAGUUGGGCUUCAAUGACUUUGGCACCUCGGAUAAGGUCGGCGAUGGCGAGCUGUAA